AUUCCUUGUACCAUUACUGUUGUUCUGAUGUGAAAGGUCAUUGCAGAGAUUAUGCUAAAACAUAUCGAAAAAAUGUUAGAAGUAGCUUUUGUCAGUAGCUAUAUUUCAAAACAAUUUGUAUUUCUGUUUUAACUUUGGCCGAAGUUAUUAGGAGCCAAUGUAGGAUGCCUUAAGCAGUACCAUGUUCUAACUGAUGAGAAAAAGCAUAGAAAUAUACUGUUUUGUUGUUUAACAAAUUAAUGAAAUGUUUAUCAAUUCCCAGUGUGUCUUUUAAAGAAUCUGCAAGCAGUGCAGAAUGAUCCAGUAAAGCUUUUAAUGUUCUAAAACAAUACAGUCAUACUACAUGUAAAACAACUCCACAUAAAAUAUAUAUUCUUAUACUAUAUUGGGUUUUAAACAAUCUACCAGCAGUGUAGAGUCAUUUUUUUGAGCAGAACCCAAUCUAAGGUGGCUGAAAUGCCACAAAAGUUUUAAAAUUGCUGUCUUUUGAGUUUUAAUAAAAUAAAAUAAAUGUUUAAUAAACCCCAAACACAUUUUAAGCUGCCCAGAAUCCUUCCGUCCCGGUUUAACCUUUGUAAUCAUGUAAACCACGCAGAUUCCUAAAAAAUAAGUGAAACAGCCCUUUACUGGUGUUUGAAUCGGACACCAACUUCAGCGACUUGUAAGGACUGACGCCUCGGCGUUAAACGUUUAAUUUAGCUCCGAUAUUUCUAAUGCUUUCUAAAGGCUCUCUGUCCUCCGAUGUAACGCUUAUUUUUAUUCCAUCAUAGGUCGGAAAAUAGUUUUUUCCAGCUUCGUAUGGAUGUUACGGGUCGCUUCAUCCCUGCCUCCAGUCUUGCUCCCUAUUUUUUUUCCUUCCUGCACAUAGAUGUAUUUGGUGCCUCUUGUUUCCUCCUCCAGUAACGCAUGUCUGUGUGUCGCCCGCCUCCCUGCGCUCUCAAUAGAUGGUGCAAGUCAAAAUGUCCAAAUCGCCCGUAGAGCCACUGUCUGCUGUGGAAUCCGGCUCCCAGUCGCAUUAUUUCCAGGUAAACCCACUCACUGCAGCUCUGUCCUCACCGAGCAGGUUGCUGGAAGACGGGGUAGAGACCGUCUCAGAUGCUACUUGUUGUUCCGUUUGAGGCGUCGCGGUUUGGCUGCCAGUUGCCCAGGAAGUUGCCUAAACGCAAGAGCCGCUUCAAACGCUCAGAUGGCAGCACGUCCUCAGACACAACGUCCAGCUUCAUCAAACGGCAGGGGUCGGCUGAUUCUUAUACCAGUAGACCGUCGGAUUCAGACCUGUCAGCCGAGGAGGACCGCGAGGCGUAUCGGCGUGAAGCCGAACGCCAGGCACAGCAGCAGCUCGACAGAGCUAAGUCCAAACCUGUAGCAUUUGCCGUAAAGACAAAUGUGAGUUACUGUGGAGCUCUGGAUGAGGACUGUCCUGUCCAAGGAGCUGCAGUUAAUUUUGAUGCCAAAGACUUCCUGCACAUCAAAGAAAAGUACAACAAUGACUGGUGGAUCGGGAGGUUAGUGAAAGAGGGAGCCGACAUCGCCUUCAUCCCCAGCCCUUUACGACUGGAGGCCAUGAGGCUCAAACAGGAGCAGAAACAGAGGAAAACAGGAGGAAACUCCUCAAGUUUAGGUGACAUGGUGACUGGAAGCUGGAGGACCACACCGCCGUCUGCAAGUGAAUCUAAACAGAAGCAAAAGCAGGAACAUGUCCCUCCCUAUGAUGUGGUACCCUCUAUGAGGCCAGUGGUCCUUGUGGGACCAUCUCUGAAGGGCUAUGAGGUGACAGACAUGAUGCAGAAAGCUCUUUUUGACUUUCUGAAACACAGAUUUGAAGGGAGGAUCUCUAUCACCCGUGUAACUGCCGACCUGUCCUUAGCCAAGAGGUCUGUCCUGAAUAAAAGAAACAUAAUGGAGAGAUCCAACACCCGCUCCAGCCUUGCGGAGGUUCAGAGUGAGAUUGAAAGGAUAUUUGAGCUUGCCAAAACCCUGCAGCUGGUGGUUCUGGAUGCUGACACCAUCAACCACCCUGCACAGCUCGCUAAAACAUCCCUUGCUCCCAUCAUUGUCUAUGUUAAAGUUUCUUCACCAAAGGUGCUCCAGAGGCUGGUCAAAUCCAGGGGGAAGUCUCAGAGCAAGCACCUGAAUGUGCAAAUGAUGGCUGCAGACAAACUCUCUCAGUGCCCCCCUGAUAUGUUUGAUGUCAUUUUGGAUGAGAACCAGCUAGAGGAUGCUUGUGAGCAUUUGGCUGAAUACCUUGAGGUCUACUGGCGUGCCACUCACCUGCCUGGAAACACCCCUCUGAACCCCUUGCUGGAGCAGAGCCUGACCCCACCCUCUGCCAUCUCCAGCCUUCAGAACAAGAACCAGACACAGCCUCGAGCGGCAGUGGGCAUGGAGGGUGAGGAAGAGGAGGAGGAAGCGGGUGAGGAAGUCCACUCUCCGCUGGAGCAGGACAGUCUUAUGCCAUCUGAUGAGGCCAGCGAUUCCCUGUCCCGUAACCACAGGGGGAGUCCGUGCCACACAGGGGUCGAGGAGGAUGAAGAAGAAGAGGAGGAGGAGGAGGAAGAAGAAGAGGAGGAGGAAGAGGAUGGUUACGCCUCCCCCUGUCAUGGCCGCUCAUAUAGAGACAGGUACCCCUCCCACCGAGGGCAUCCAGGCAGCAACCACAGCACCAACGGGCACGAGUCACAGGACAGGCUGCUCCAGCGCGAAGCUCAGCAAGGACACAACCAGAGGAACAACCGCCAGCGCAGCCGCCCCUGGCCCCGAGACAACUACUGAGACAAGGGCCCCCUCUGGCCUCCAGGUUGCUAACAAGGUUCCCCCUUCCCAAAGCCCCCUGACUGAUUCACAGAUCCAAACAAAUUAUUUAAAUGUCAAAAAAACCUAUCCAACGUUAAACUCUAUACUUUACAGUCAGUUAUUGUUAAUCAGUAAUCUAGUUCUUAUUCCUCCAUCCUCCUAUUUUAUGUAAAUUGGGAUGAUUGCUCAGCUUUCUGGGGUCAAACAAUUACAGUUAAAUUCAACAGGGCUAUCCACCUCUGCAACAGAAAGGUUUCAGGAUACCAGCUGAAUGCAGACUCAGACAUUAGCUGCUUCACCUAAGGUUUCUCUAUUGUAGGAUGUCGCAUAUACUGGCCUUAAAGUUCCUAAGACUUUUAACUAUCUUUACUAUUGCAUGUAUAACUAUUUCAAGACGAUUUGCACAUUACGGCAGUACAGGAAGUGAAUGAUCUUUAUGGAAUAAACUAACGUAGGAAUGUCCUGUGUUGAAUCCAUUUAAGAUUAAUUGUAAUGCAUUUGAUUACAAUGUAUAUACUGAAUGGGUACCUGUUUCAUUGUUACUUUCUUUGUCUGAUUUUGUGGUUAUGGGCAGGUAUUUAUUGCCAUCCAUUUGCACACAUAGCACCUCGUUGUGUCACCAACAAUUCAGUACAUUCUGGACAUCCUUUGUCUUUGCUGUUGCACAAUCACUGACACCCCUAAAAAUCUGAAAAAAUAGGCAAAUAGAAUGUAAACACAACCAAGGAAGGGAAUGUUAAGAGUAUUCCAGGGGACAAAUUCUUUGCCAAAAUGUUUGUUUACAUCAAGUCAUUCACAUAUAUCAAGAACAUGCUGCUCAGCUGCAGCUCCUCUUCAAAUCAAUGCUUCACCGAAUGUAAGCUCGCAUGCCUUUUGCACCUCCAGCACCACUUGGUUUCUCUGGCCCGACAGAUCGCAACGUAAUUUGAUUGUAGCACGUUAACUGAUUGUAGCAACCACAAUUCCCGCACAGAUCGCACCCUCUGUGGAAAACAUGGCAUCAAUUCUGUGUAUACUGCAGUUUUAAAGGCAGGUUUUUACAAAGGCGGAUCCUCAGGUGUCAAGUCCUCAACUCCACGAUAUGAACUCGUUGGGCUUCUAAAGGACUCGUAGCACCCGUGAUGCCGUGUCAGUCCGUUCCUGUGUGGGAGGUCAGGACAGCCAAAAGCCUAUGACCCUUUGAGUGUAAAUGUAUAUGUUAUUUGCACAUUGCUGAUGCAUUCAUGUGUUAUUUGCAUUGUUUACAUGUGAAUACAAUGCGGAAACAGCAUGUCAGCAACACAUCAAUGAUCCCAAUAAAAUGUGUUUGUGGCCCUACUUGCCACAUGUCAGUCUGUCCUUGUAUGGAAAGCCAGAAAGGCCAAAAAAAUAUUUUUUGUCUAAAGUAUUUAAUGCUUGCAUGUUAAUUUGUUAACAUGUUUUUACAUUGGGUCCAAUUUAAUUAUGUAUGUAAUGCAUAAACAACAUUCCAACAGUAUCAAAGAUCUGAAAAGUCACACGUUUGCGGUCCUCCCGACCUUUGAUGCAGAAAUAGACUGACACAAUGAAGGGAAAGCCAGGAGGGACACAAACACAUUACUUUUUUUUUAUAAAGGCUUUAGGUAUGUUAUUUGUGCGUUUGCACAUUGCUAACAUGUAUCCACAUUGUUUCUGUGUGAAACGUUUACAUCAUCAACGCACGGAGACUGUGCAAACAGCAGCUUGUUUACCAUGCAAACAUAUCACCAAGAAAUCAAAGCCACAAAGAGUUACAUAUUUUGGCUGUCCUGACCUUCCUAAACCCUAAUCCGUUUCUAGUCCACGAGCUAACAAGUUUCACGUGACACUGAUGUCUCUGUCCUAACACAGGGUCAGUGUUUAUGCGUUUACUGCUUCCAUGUGUCACAGAUAUUUAUCUAGUGUUCUGUAUAUUUAAAGAGAUAAAAAAAAACAGCAUGGUUUAAAAAAGAAAAAAAUCUAUGCAAGUGUUGCAUGAACUUCUGAUUGUUUCUUUUUACAGUUAAGUAUUUUAGUAAUGCAUUCGUUCUGACUCCUCGUCGUCUUGUAGUGAUGAUAGUCUUGUCUUUGGGGCUACUCACUCCUCUCUACAGCAACAAAUUCCUGAAAAUUUGUUUCCCUCUCUACACACCUCGAUAUGAGGAGAUUUUACCACAGCAUUUGCUCGUUGCACUUUUAAGUCACUCGACAGAAAAUAGUCCCAGUUCAAAGCUGUGACAAAAUGAGUGAGUCCUGCAUGUCUUAGCUCAACAAUUAGUUACUUUCUUUAUAUUUUGGCAGAGUAUGUUUUUUGAAGCGGACCAAUUUAGCAACUGAUAAAGCAGUUGAGGUUUUUCAAUUUUGAAGCACAAUUUUUACAAGGGUUUUGAUUUGAUUUUCUGUCUUAUUCUGUAUGCAAUAUUGAAGCCGAACAUUGAAAAGCUCUAAACGCCUUAGACCAUCUGGACUUCCUCUUUUGUGUGAGUAGAAAAAAAAAUUGCACUACUUUGUUUUUUGGGAUGGUUGCUUUGUCAUGCAAUAUCUGCACUAAAUAUAACCAUAUAUCCACCAGACUACCACAGCGUGCUAGCGUGACCCCAACACGCCUCUUCCCUUCUAUUUAUCAACAGAGACAAAAAAGGUGUAAAAAGUCAGACCUUUUCUUGCCUGAAGCUGUAUAGAAUGCUUUCUAUUGGAAAAUAGAAUUAUGAUGCUAAGUGAAAUAUGACUUAAACUAAAUAAACAUGACAUUUUAUGUACUUUUAA